UGGCACCAGUGCCAGGAGCAGGUGGAACCAGUCCCACUCUGCCGUUCAAACUGCAGCGUUUGGGUGGGGAUGUUCUCUUCUUCUGGCUCUUUCUCUUUCAUUUUUCACUUCUCUCUGUAGCAUCUGACUGUAACCGUUUUAAAUAAUUCCUCCCCCGCGCCCGUGUUAUCACCCAGCAUGUCAACACGCUGCUGUGCCACCCACCCUCUCCUCCCGGAGCUGCGCCAGAUAAUGGCAGGCAAUUAGUGAAUGGAGAAUAACCUCCCCACUUAAAAGCAGGAUGGGUCGGGAAGCGUCACACGGGGAGCAUUAAUUGCUUUUCUCUCCAGUGACUCCUGGUGUAGGAGAGUCCAUAUGGAGAGAGAGGAGGAGGAAGAGAUGCUGCGGGAGAAACAAACUCUCCCGUGCUGGAGAGGAGCGCAGAGCCCGGCGCAUCCGAGCGGGGGCACUUCCCUCUGGAUCCGGAGGCUGCGGCGCGGCGGGGGCCGCGGUGGAUCCGUGCGCCGGUGGAUGGCACGGGAGCGGCGGGUGCGGGGUGCCGGGGUGGGGCACCCCGGGACCGGGAGCUCGGAGAGAGAAACCAGAGAAACCAGAGAAACCAAAGCUGUGGGCGCAGCGCGACCCCGGCGUGGAUGGUGUCACCUCCCCGCGGUGUGACUGGUGUCGGUGACAGGGAGCGCAGGGGCUGCGUGGCCACGGCAGGGAGCAGUUCCUUUUUGUUGGGGUGUCCUCUCACCCGUGCAGCUCCGGGUGCCACAGAAUGGCACCACAGCGAGCUCCCGGCGCCCACUCAGCGGCCUGGGCUCGGAAAGAGAGACGAGAAAAGAUGCAAAAAGGAGAGGAGUGUGCCCGAGCCGGGGCAGAGCCACCCCCGGCCCUGCUGCCCCACGGGGGUGCUCGGUGGGGCCCCGCUCCCUUUGCAGCCGCUCACACCUGGCCCCCUGCGAGGGGACACAGUUUUGGGACACUUCAUAUCACUACUGGUGGCACCUGCUGGCACCUGGCGCUGAGCUUGCAGGGGAGGGAAGGCACCUUGGAGCCCAUCCCGUUAACCCUUUCCUGGAGGCAGCCGGCUCGUUUCCAGGCUGUCCCCGGGCUCGGGGCCAUUCCCCAGCGGGGAUUUGUUAUUGCAGCAGGGCUCCCCCGGGAAGAUCAACGCUCCCGGCCCGGCCGCGCAGCACGGCACAGGAAUUCCCGGGGCUUGGCCGCGCUGUUUGCUUUCGGCACAACCCCGAGGCGCAGCGGCGCUUAACACAAAUAUUUGUGAGGGUAGUAGGGGGAAAAAAAUCCAACCAAAAAAAAAAAGGAAAUAAAAAAGAAAAGGAAAAAAAAAUAGGAAAGGAAAGGAAAGGAAAGGAAAGGAAAGGAAAGGAAAGGAAAGGAAAGGAAAGGAAAGGAAAGGAAAGGAAAGGAAAGGAAAGGAAAGGAAAGGAAAGGAAAGGAAAGGAAAGGAAAGGAAAGGAAAGGAAAGGAAAGGAAAGGAAAAAGGGAAAGAGAGGAGAAAGGAAAGGGAAAGGGGAAAUCAUAGGGGAAAUAUAGGGGAAAAGGAGAGAAAAAAGGAAAGGAAAAAGGAAUAAAGAAAACAAGCCACCCAAAGGUGUCGCUGACAGAGGCCAGAGGCGAAGGGGCGCGGACCGCGGGGGGGUCACCGGCUGCUGCCCCAGCCCGGGGGCCGCGGGGGCCGGGGCGAGGCCGGCGGGGGCAGCUCCGGGGAGGAGGGAGCGCGGCCGCCGGUGCGCGCUGGGCGGAGCCCGGCCCCGCCCGGUGCCGCCCCGCGCAUCCCGCGCAUCCCGCGCAUCCCGCACCUGUUGCCGCCCGCUCCCCGCGGUGCCGCCCGGCCCCGCCAUGCGGAGCUCCCGAGCGGCCCGCGGGCUGCCGCGGCGGCGGCCGCGGGGCGCGCCGUGAUGGGCGGCGGGCAGCGGCCCCGGCAGCGGCCCCGGCAGCGGGACGGCGGCGCUGGCUCUGCCCGCGGCCGGCAGCCCCCGGCCCGCGCCCCCGGCAGCGCGGGGCGCCCAUGCUCGGCCCCGCCUCGCCGCUCCGGGCCCCCGCGCCGCCGCGCCGAUGCCGUUCUCGGGCGAGGAGCGGAGCCUGCAGGGGAUCUACAAACCGGCGGGGCCGGCGGAGGGGCGGCCGGUGUGCUCCGAGUGCUACACCAACAGCUCCUUCGUCUACGACGAUGGCAGCGCGCACAGGCUCUCGUCGCCCGGCGGCUGCGGCGGCGGGGACGGCGGCGGGAGCCGCAAGAGCGGGGUCAUUCUGGACAUCGCCUCCCUGAAGAUGACGGAGCUGGAGUCCGAGGUGCUGCCGCUGCCGCCCCGGUACCGCUUCCGCGAUCUGCUGCUGGGGGACCAGUCCUUCCAGAGCGACGACAGGGUGCAGGUGGAGUUCUACGUGAAUGAAAACACCUUCAAGGAGCGGCUGAAGCUUUUCUUCAUCAAGAACCAGCGAUCGAGCCUGAGGAUCCGGCUCUUCAACUUCUCCCUGAAGCUGCUCACGUGCCUCCUGUACAUCGUCCGUGUCCUGCUGGACAACCCCGAGGAGGGCAUCGGCUGCUGGGAAUGCGAGAAGCAGAAUUACACAGCCUUCAACCAGUCCACAAACAUAAACUGGUCACACAUCUUUUGGGUGGACAGGAAAACCCCGCUGUGGGCCGUGCAGGUCAGCAUCGCCCUCAUCAGCUUCCUGGAGACCAUGCUGCUCAUCUAUCUCAGCUACAAGGGGAACAUCUGGGAACAGAUUUUUCGCAUUUCCUUCGUGCUGGAGAUGAUCAACACGGUGCCGUUCAUCAUCACGAUAUUCUGGCCCCCUUUGCGGAAUUUGUUCAUUCCUGUGUUUCUGAACUGCUGGCUGGCCAAGUACGCCCUGGAGAACAUGAUUAACGAUCUGCACCGAGCCAUCCAAAGGACGCAGUCAGCAAUGUUCAACCAGGUGCUCAUCCUGAUCUGCACCCUGCUCUGUCUCGUUUUCACGGGGACCUGCGGCAUCCAGCACUUAGAAAGAGCAGGUGAGAAGCUCUCCCUCUUCAAGUCCUUCUAUUUCUGCAUCGUCACCUUUUCCACCGUGGGCUACGGAGAUGUGACACCAAAGAUUUGGCCUUCCCAGCUCCUGGUGGUGAUCAUGAUCUGCGUGGCCCUGGUGGUGCUGCCGCUCCAGUUCGAGGAGCUCGUCUACCUGUGGAUGGAGCGGCAGAAGUCGGGAGGGAAUUACAGCCGGCACCGCGCCCAGACGGAGAAGCACGUGGUGCUCUGCGUCAGCUCGCUCAAGAUCGACCUCCUCAUGGACUUCCUCAACGAGUUCUAUGCCCACCCUCGCCUGCAGGAUUACUACGUGGUGAUCCUGUGCCCCACGGAGAUGGACAUCCAGGUGCGGCGCGUGCUGCAGAUCCCGCUGUGGUCGCAGCGCGUGAUUUACCUGCAGGGCUCCGCGCUCAAGGACCAGGACCUCAUGAGGGCCAAGAUGGACAAUGGAGAAGCUUGCUUCAUUCUCAGCAGCCGGAACGAGGUGGACAGGACAGCGGCGGACCACCAGACCAUCCUAAGGGCCUGGGCUGUCAAAGACUUUGCUCCAAACUGUCCUCUCUACGUUCAGAUCUUAAAGCCAGAGAAUAAAUUUCAUGUCAAGUUUGCUGACCACGUGGUGUGUGAAGAGGAGUGCAAAUAUGCCAUGCUGGCACUGAACUGCGUGUGCCCUGCCACCUCCACCCUCAUCACUCUGCUGGUGCACACCUCCCGCGGCCAGGAGGGCCAGGAGUCUCCGGAGCAGUGGCAGCGGAUGUACGGGCGCUGCUCGGGCAAUGAGGUCUAUCACAUCCGCAUGGGCGACAGCAAAUUCUUCAUGGAGUACGAGGGCAAGAGCUUCACCUACGCCGCCUUCCACGCGCACAAGAAGUACGGCGUGUGCCUGAUCGGCAUCCGCAGGGAGGAGAACAAGAGCAUCCUGCUGAACCCCGGCCCGCGGCACAUCAUGGCAGCGUCGGACACCUGCUUCUACAUCAACAUCACCAAGGAGGAGAACUCCGCCUUCAUCUUCAAGCAGGAGGAGAAGCAGAAGAAGAAGGGCUUUGCGGGCAGCUACGACGGCCCCUCCCGCCUGCCCGUGCACAGCAUCAUCGCCAGCAUGGGUACAGUGGCCAUGGACCUGCAGAACACCGAGUGCCGCCCCGCCAACAGCAGCAAGCUGGCGCUGCCGGCCGAGAACGGCUCGGGAACACGCCGGCCCAGCAUCGCCCCCGUGCUGGAGCUGGCUGACACCUCGUCCCUGCUGCCCUGCGACCUCCUCAGCGACCAGUCCGAGGACGAGAUGACGCAGUCGGACGAGGAGGGCUCGGCGGUGGUGGAGUACGUGAAGGGCUACCCCCCAAACUCGCCCUACAUCGGGAGCUCCCCCACCCUGUGCCACCUCCUGCCCGAGAAAGCCCCAUUCUGCUGCCUGAGGCUGGACAAGGGCUGCAAGCACAACAGCUUCGAGGACGCCAAGGCCUACGGCUUCAAGAACAAGCUGAUCAUCGUUUCUGCGGAGACGGCCGGGAACGGGCUCUACAACUUCAUCGUCCCUCUGCGGGCCUACUACCGCUCCCGCAAGGAGCUCAACCCCAUCGUGCUGCUGCUGGACAACAAGCCUGAGCACCACUUUCUGGAGGCCAUCUGCUGUUUCCCCAUGGUUUACUACAUGGAGGGCACCAUUGACAACCUGGACAGUUUGCUGCAGUGUGGCAUCAUCUACGCUGACAACCUGGUGGUGGUGGACAAGGAGAGCACCAUGAGCGCCGAGGAGGACUACAUGGCAGACGCCAAGACCAUUGUCAACGUCCAGACCAUGUUCAGGCUCUUCCCCAGCCUCAGCAUUAUCACGGAGCUGACCCACCCCUCCAACAUGAGGUUCAUGCAGUUCAGAGCAAAGGACAGUUACUCUCUGGCCCUUUCCAAGCUAGAAAAGAGAGAGCGAGAGAACGGCUCCAACCUGGCCUUCAUGUUCCGGCUGCCCUUCGCGGCCGGGCGGGUGUUCAGCAUCAGCAUGCUGGACACGCUGCUCUACCAGUCGUUCGUGAAGGAUUACAUGAUCACCAUCACGCGGCUGCUGCUGGGCCUCGACACCACGCCGGGCUCGGGGUACCUCUGUGCGAUGAAGAUCACUGAGGACGACCUGUGGAUCCGGACGUACGGCCGCCUCUUCCAGAAGCUCUGCUCCUCCAGUGCCGAGAUCCCCAUCGGCAUUUACAGGACGGAGUCGCACAUGUUCGCCACCUCCGAGCCCCACGACAUCAGAGCGCAGUCACAGAUCUCAAUCAAUGUUGAGGACUGCGAGGACACGAAGGACGUCAAGGAGCACUGGGGCAUCAAGACGAGCCACCACCGCAACUCGUGCUCCAGCGACCAGUCCGAGCACCCUCUGCUGCGGCGCAAGAGCAUGCAGUGGGCACGGCGCCUCAGCAGGAAGGGCAACAAGCACUCCAGCAAGACGGCCGAGUGGAUCAGCCAGCAGCGCCUCAGCCUGUACCGGCGCUCCGAGCGCCAGGAGCUGUCCGAGCUCGUCAAAAACCGUAUGAAGCACCUGGGCUUGCCCACCACCGGCUACGAUGAGAUGAACGACCACCAGAACACCUUGUCCUACGUCCUGAUCAACCCUCCCCCGGACACGCGGCUGGAGCUCAACGACAUCGUGUACCUGAUCCGCUCAGACCCUCUGGCCCACGUGUCCAACGACGGCCACAGCCGCAAGAGCAGCUGCAGCCACAAGCCGGGCUCGGGGAACCCCGAAACGCGCGACGAGACCCAGCUGUGAGCAGCCCCCGAGCGCCGCGGCCCGAGAGCACGGCCCAGCCCCGGGGGCAGGCGGCUGCUGCCCGCCGUGCCCCGGAGGAAGGCGAUGCCCAGCCUGGCUCUGCGCCGCGGGAGGGACGCCCGGAGCCCCGGGAGGGGCGGCGCAGCCGGACACAUCCACAGCCGGUGGCCGUGUGCCCCGGGGAUUUUAACUUUUUAUACCGAUACCGCAACUAGUGAGAAAGUCUUCGCUGGUGCUGGUGGGACGUGGCUGAGCCGGUGACCCUGGGGGAGCAGGGCUGUGGUUGGUGUCGCCCCGGAUGGUGCAGGUUGGUUGCAUUUAUGGGGCUGGUAAAGAUGAGGGUAAGACUGCAGAGAAACCCUGCUCCUCUUCCUCCUUCGCCAGGUGUCCCCCAAACUUCUGCUCUUUCACCCAACUCAUGUUCUUCAUCCUCCGCUGGGUUUCUGUUCCGGGUGGCCACGCUGGGGAAGGACUCUGGUGGCCGUGGGACAGGUGGGAUGGAGGGGACAGGGUGGUGCAGCCCCCACGGUGCCCUGGUAGGGGCUGCUGUGCCCCCAGCCCCUUGUGGCAUCUCACAAACCAAAACACGCCCAGCCCAGGGCACCGAGAGCCGGGCCAGCUCUGCGGCAGUGCCCGGUUUGUGUCCCCUGUGCUGCUGCUGGGGCUGGGCUGCCUGGGGGAUUCGGGGCUGCUUGUCCUGUGCUGGAUGGGCUGGGCUGGCCAGGACGUGGUGGUUUGGUGUCUCCACUGGGCCCUUUCCCCUCCGGGCAGGGCAGUCUGGGGUCCAGCCCCGCUCUGUCCUGGCUGUGGCCUGCUGUCCUCCCCUCCCCGCGGUCACAGCUCGCUCACACCCUUCAGGCAGCGGGUUCUGCCUGUCCCCCCAUCCACCACGGCCCCCUGGCAGCUCCACCCUGUGCCCCCCGUCCCCGUGGCCUCCCCACAGCAGAGGUGCAUGAACGUCCCCCCGACCCGCAGGGAGCUGGCACCGCCACAGACCCCAGAUGUGCUCUUCACCUGCUUUUGCACAUUCUGAUGUGGAAAGGGUUCAGUUGACUGCCAUGUGAAUAACUGAGUUGUUAACUUUAUAUACAUUUCUGUUCAUAUCUUCCAAUUCCAAUGUGAUUUUUUCUUUUUUAGCAAGGAGCUUUGUAAAGCACAACAUGGCCAUGAAAUCCCAUCAGCUUCCCGCACUCUGAAUGCCAGCUGAAUGGUUUAUUGCCAUUAACGUUCACCAUUUGCUCCCCAAGACACCCCCAAUCAAUGUUUACAAAGAAAACAAAAAAGAAAACAAGCCAAAACCUGUUUAAAAUGAGUUUUAAACAGCUGGGGAUGCCCCAGCCCAUGGGGAUGUGCUGCCCAUCCUGCCCGUGGCCCUGAGGGAGAGCAGAGAUGCCCAGAGUAGGACCAGUGCCAAGGCUGGUAUCACCUCAAGAGGGUGUUGAGAGAGACCUGCUGUGCCUGGAUGAGGUUUGGGGUCCAUUUUUUAUCUUAUUAUUAUUAUUAUGAUUAUUAUGAUUAUUAUUAUUUUCCUAAAGUGCCAGCAGGAUCCCCUGAGUGGUGGCACAUCCCAGGCUCGGUGAGGUACCACAGGUAAAAGCAAGGAGUGCACCCCUCCAACCCCACUGAGCUGUGGGCACAAACAGAACCAUCUUUAAAGCUUUUUGGGGUUGUUUUGAUGGAUUUUUAAUGAUUAGUUUUGCAUCUGUUUGGUUAAGGCAGGCACAUGUUUUAUUUAAUUCUGUUUGAAGCUUCACAUGCCAGAUCUGUCAUUUCAAAUGGCAAAAAGAAGUUGUAGGUCAAAAAGUGGGUGUGGUUGAAGUACAAAGGGACUCGUGGGCUCUGGGUUAACUUGAAGCCUCAGGAUGCUCAGAUCAUGGAGUGUUUGUGUAUUUAAGUGUCUGCAUUUAAUAUGGAUCAUUUUCCUAACCCCACUUUGCUUUCAAGGGAGAGUGGAACAAAGCAGUAUUACAGGUCAAAAAAACCCCCUUAAAACAGCAAACAAACAAAAGCUCAGACCCAAAAUAAAACAAAAUGGGUGAUUAUUUGUAUAUAUUUACUGAGAACGUACAAUUUUAAUGGUUUUUUGUUUGUUUGGCUGUGAGCUGUGUGUGAGCGCGCAGGGAAGCGAGCGCAGCUCCUCAGCUCCGCCCUCCCAUGGCAAGAAAAUUAAAUUUCUUUUAAAACCCCUUAAUUUCCUUAAAGUUUCACUCCCCAGCCCUGAGCAGCCAGGUCAGCCAUGGGGCCAGAUCUGUGUUCCAGAGGCUCCACAGUGUUGGGUCCCUCCUUCCUCAGCGGGCACACACAGCUCCCUCCUGCCCCUUAAUCCGAGGAGAAAACGAUCCCAGGAGGAAAGCACAUGCCAAAAGGACUGAAACCUCUGUGUGGUUUGUGAUAUGAUCAAAAUGCCCUCGACAUUCCUGUAUUUUGAUGAUGCUUCUGUUUGCUGAGUGUACAAAAUCCCCGUGUUUGAAGCGGAAGCUCCGUGUACAAACCCUCGGCGUUCCCUCUCUGGUGUAAAUUUCCAGCUGCCCUUCCCACGGGAUGGGGAAAACCCUGUAAAUACUCACCUGUGGGCAAUGCAAGGGUUCCUUUUUUUCUAAUCCCUUAGCCUCAGUUACAAUACUAAUGUAAAAACAAAAGCAGUUUAUUUUUCUAAUGGUCCUGGAAACGUUGAUGCAGCGACCAAGGGCCCGCGGGGCGAGGGGCACAAGGAGCUUCCAUGGGAAGAGGAGAAUGGCUGCUGCUUCCAACCAUGGAAAAUUCCCAUUUUCUGGAGGAAAUGGUUGUGUUCCAAUGCAGAGACCUGGCAGGCCCUGGGGGAUGCAGAAAUGAGGACAGCUGGGACAUUUUGGGGUUUUCCAGCAACGGCUCCGGCGCAUGUUCCGUGUCCACUCACGGUUUGAUACGCUCGACAUGGACUAAAUCCAUAUAUCCUGCAUUAAACUCAACUACUCAACCCAACGUUAUGAGUAUAUUUAUUUCCUGUUAUCCCCCUUUUUAUUUAAUCUCUAUAGAACAGGACAUUUUUAUUCCAAGCUCAGCUCCUGCAUGGAUUUUUAUCAGCAACUCCCGUCUUUCCUCUCGGAGGCCGAAUUCCGGGAGCUGCUCUGCUGGGAUGCAGCCGGCCCAGGGGAGAGGGUUUUGUACAAUUCUUGUGAAGAUGCUUCACAUUUCUGUAAAGAUAAAUGAAAAUAAAAGAGCUGCAUGCAGCAAC